AGGUAUUCUGUACUCGUACUCUGUACUCUGCAAGAGUUAGCACAGAAAAGAUCAGCCAAUGUCCCUGUUCGCCCGGUCCACGCAACUGCCGAAGGUCGUCGUCUCCGUCUCCGCUUCCCCCCUGCGCACCGGUCUCGCGCGCCCCUAUUCCACCCCUCGGAACAAUUCGCAAUACAGCCGCACGCAAUUCAAGGUCCUACCUUUCAUUGCCAUCUUUGCCCUCGGCUCCGGAUCCUACGUGUUUCUCGUCAAAUCGCGAGCGAACCAAAACAAUAAACAAUAAACAUAAAAUUGUUUUUUUUUUUUUUUAACAUCAUAAGAAUGUCUCGAUUCUCUCCCUCCGAAGUGACCGUUGUGUUUGUGCUCGGUGGCCCAGGAAGCGGCAAGGGCACCCAAUCCACCAACCUCGUCCGUGAUUAUGGCUUCAUCCACUUGUCUGCAGGGGACUUGCUUCGAGCCGAACAGAACCGCGAGGGAAGCGAAUACGGCGAUUUGAUCCGCACGUAUAUCCGGGAGGGCAAGAUCGUGCCCAUGGAAAUCACAGUUGCCUUGUUAUCCAACUCGAUGGCGGAUGCUAUUUCAACAGCUUCCUCUUCAUCUUCUUCAGCAGCAAAAGCUCGCUUCCUGGUUGAUGGGUUCCCGCGGAAACUCGACCAGGCGGUGUUUUUCGAAAAAACAGUCUGUCCGUCCGAAUUCACCCUCUUCCUUACCUGUCCCGAGGAGGUGAUGGAGAAACGGCUCCUGAAACGAGGCGAGACGUCCGGUCGGGACGACGAUAACGCAGAGUCCAUCCGCAAGCGCUUCCGUACCUUUGUCGAGACUAGCAUGCCCGUCGUGGAUGCCUUUAGGGAACAGGACAAGGUCGUCUCCGUCGAGGCCACGGGUAGUGUCGACGAGGUGUAUGAGCGUAUCAGGGAGGGGUUGAAGACCAAAGGGUUGCAUCCUUUAUAAGUUUGCAUCCUCCUACCCGGCUUUUUUCCUUUUAGAGAUCUACUUGUCUAGCCUACUAUUAGUCUAUAAGUCUUCGCAUAGAUGUAUCUACUUUUGACAUGACAUUCCGUAUCUAGAAGAAAUAAACAAAGUGCAAGA